CGACUGUGGGCCCCAGUGCGCCUGGAAUAAAAAUCCUCUUGCUGUUUGCAUCAAGACCGCUUCUCGUGAGUGAUUUGGGGUGUCGCCUCUUCCGAGUCCGGACGAGGGGGAUUUUUCCUUCUACUGGCCUUUCAUUUGGUGCGUUGGCCGGGAACCCCACGACCACUCCUCACACCCGAGAACCGACUUGGAGGUAAAGGGAUCCCCUUUGGAACGUGUGUGUGUCGGCCAGCGUCUCUGUUCUGAGUGUCUGUUUUCGGUGAUGCGCGCUUUCGGUUUGCAGCUGUCCUCUCAGACCGUGAGGACUGGAGGACUGUGAUCAGCAGACGUGCUAGGAGGAUCACAGGCUGCCGCCCUGGGGGACGCCCCGGGAGGUGGGGAGAGCCAGGGACGCCUGGUGGUCUCCUACUGUCGGUCAGAGGACCGAGUUCUGUUGUUGAAGCGAAAGCUUCCCCCUCCGCGGCCGUCCAACUCUUUUGCCUGCUUGUGGAAGGCGCGGACGGGUCUCGUGUGUCUGGAUCUGUUGGUUUCUGUUUCGCGUGUCUUUGUCUUGUGCGUCCUUGUCUACAGUUUUAAUAUGGGACAGACGGUGACGACCCCCCUUAGUUUGACUCUCGACCAUUGGACUGAAGUUAAAUCCAGGGCUCAUAAUUUGUCGGUUCAGGUUAAGAAGGGACUUAAUUCUGAGAUUAUCCUGGCUGUUAAAGCAAUUAUUUUUCAGACUGGACCCGGCUCUCAUCCAGAUCAGGAGCCCUAUAUCCUUACGUGGCAAGACUUGGCAGAAGAUCCUCCGCCAUGGGUUAAACCAUGGCUAAAUAAACCAAGAAAGCCAGGUCCCCGAGUUCUGGCUCUUGGAGAGAAAAACAAACACUCGGCCGAAAAAGCCAAGCCCUCUCCUCAUAUCUACCCCGAGAUUGAGGAGCCGCCGACUUGGCCAGAACCCCAACCUGUUCCCCCACCCCCACCCCCUUAUCCGGCACAGGGUGCUGCGAGAGAACCCUCUGCCCCUCCUGGAGCUCCGGCGGCGGAGGGACCUGCUGCCGGGACUCGGAGCCGGAGCCGGAGGGGCGCCACCCCGGAGCGGACAGACGAGAUCGUGACAUUACCGCUGCGCACCUAUGGCCCUCCCAUGCCGGGGGGCCAAUUGCAGCCCCUCCAGUAUUGGCCCUUUUCUUCUGCAGAUCUCUAUAAUUGGAAAACUAACCAUCCCCCUUUCUCGGAGGAUCCCCAACGCCUCACGGGGUUGGUGGAGUCCCUUAUGUUCUCUCACCAGCCUACUUGGGAUAAUUGUCGACAGCUGCUGCAGACACUCUUCACAACCGAGGAGCGAGAGAGAAUUCUGUUAGAGGCUAGAAAAAAUGUUCCUGGGGCCGACGGGAGACCCACGCAGUUGCAAAAUGAGAUUGACAUGGGAUUUCCCUUGACUCGCCCCGGUUGGGACUACAGCACGGCUGAAGGUAGGGAGACCUUAAAACUCUAUCGCCAGGCUCUGGUGGCGGGUCUCUGGGGCGCCUCAAGACGGCCCAGUAAUUUGGCUAAGGUAAGAGAGGUGAUGCAGGGACUGAACGAACCUCCCUCGGUAUUUCUUGAGAGGCUCAUGGAAGCCUUCAGGCGGUUCACCCCUUUUGAUCCUACCUCGGAGGCCCAGAAAGCCUCAGUGGCCCCGGCCUUCAUAGGGCAGUCAGCUCUGGGUAUCAGAAAGAAACUUCAGAGACUGGAAGGGUUACAGGAGGCUGAGUUACGUGAUCUAAUAAAAGAGGCAGAGAAGGUGUAUUACGGAAGGGAGACAGAAGAGGAGAAAGAACAGAGGAAAAAAAAGGAGAGAGAGAAAAGGGAGAAAAGACGUGAUAAACGGCAAGAGAAGAAGUUGACUAAGAUCUUGGCCACAGUGGUUGAAGGGAAGAGCAGCAGGGACAGAGAGAGAGAUCUUAGGAAAAUUAGGUCAGGCCCUAGACAGUCAGGGAACCUGGGCAAUAGGACCCCACUCGACAGAGACCAGUGUGCGUAUUGUAAAAAAAAAAAAGGACACUGGGCAAGGGACUGCCCCAAGAAGGGAAACAAAGGACCGAAGGUCCUAGCUCUGGAAGAAGAUAAAGAUCUGGCCAACUUCAGGAUCCAACACCCCCAGGUGACCCUCCUCCACUACGUGGAUGACCUGCUUCCAGCAGGAGACACCAAACAGGACUGCUUAGAAGGUACAAAGGCACUACUACUGGAAUUGUCUGACCUAGGCUACUGAGCCUCAGCU